ACGAUGGGUCUUCGAAAGCUGGACCGCGGAAACUGGUUGAGAAUCGACUACGAAAGCUACUAUGUGUUCCACGAGGCGCGCGACUUCUUGCUUCAAAAGAAGCACGCCGAGUGUCUCCAGGUCCUGCCGGAGGGAGAGCAAGCCUGCGAAGAGUUGAUGCGCGAGGUUGUAGACUUCUUGACCGAUAGAUACCCGGAGUCCUUCAGGAUCGUUCACAACAAUGGCCUGAGAAACGUGCGAAAUGAGAUGACGAAGGAGGAGUUCUCCCUCCAGCGACCGUUCGAUUGCCAUCCGCUGGAGAUGUGUGUGAGGCUGGCCAUGGAGGAUUUCAAUAUUCUAAUUCAGAGCGAGUUCACCAGACAACAUCUUUUGCAAGCGAGCGCGACCCUCUUUCCCGCGGGUUGGCGUCUCCGUGAACGUAUCGGAAAGUCCGUCACCGAUCUCCAUGGACCGGUCCCACUGUGGGAAAGUAAGCUAUCCGGGCCUGUGGAACACUACUUCAACCGACUCGACGAGACCAGCCAGAUGGAGCGUUCAUCGCUGUUCAUGCAGACCAAGCCUGACGAUCGUAGCCUCGCAGACCUGCUCUUCGUCCAAGGAACCUCUGACUUCUUCCCGGGGAAUCUAUCGACUCUCUUACCCCAAUUUUUCAUUGUUCGGAGGGAGCGCCAGACGUUUCGGAGGCUGCCAAAGUCAAAGGCAAUUGUGUUCACGGUGAAGACAAGCAUCCAGCCGUUGACGGAUUUGUCGAGGACGGAGCGCCUGACUCUGGCAGAAGAGAUCAAGCGCUGGCCGGCGGAUAUCGCGACGUAUAAGGGGCGAGAUAUCUGGCAGACAGCUGUGCUCGGGUUUUGCGAGGGGAAG